UUGCAUUCGACGUCUGCGCGCAGGGCAAUCACCAAUAUGGAGAUGCCUGCGAUGUCGCCGACGAUGAACGAGGGUGGGAUUUCCUCGUGGAAGAAGAAAGAGGGCGAAUCGUUCAUCGCGGGCGAUGUCCUGCUUGAAAUUGAAACGGACAAAGCGAUCAUUGAUGUCGAGGCACAGGAGGACGGUGUGAUGGGCAAAAUCAUCGUUCCUGAUGGUGCUAAGAACAUUCCAGUUGGCCAACUCAUCGCCCUCCUAGCAGAAGAGGGCGAUGACAUUUCUAACCUGGAGAUUCCCAAGCUCAAACCCGCAGUCGCAAAGCCUGACGAGACACCCAAGUCCGAAGCUACACCUCCGCCUCCUUCGCCAUCCCCAGUGCCGCCUCAUCCUGCGAAAUACAUAGAAUACUCGCGUCCCCUCUUCCCAUCUGUUUCUCGUCUUCUUCAGGAGCACGAUAUCCCUGACCUAGAGAAGAUCAAGGGUACGGGUGUUCGCGGCAUGUUGACAAAGGGCGAUGUCCUGGCAUAUCUAGGCAAGGCGUCCAGCCCCACGGGCACUUUCAAGGAAGCUCAAAAGACGGCUGAGGCGCCCAGAAAGGUUGAGGCUGAGCCUUUGGACGGUGGUGCGAUCCGCCGACUUAUCGUCGGCAACUUCUACCAGUCGUCAGUCAAAGCGAGGGCAUCAGCAGCCCCAAAACUGUCAGCCGACUUCGACUCAAUCAUAUCUGACUACCUCCCUUCAUCUACUCUGCCAUCAUCUCGACGUGCUGAAUCACAAAAGCAUCAGAGUACCUCUGCGAGUUUCCUCGAUGGGCUGAUCUAG